GCACCCCCCAUGGAUGGCAAGUCCUCAGCGGAUGCUGUUCCCAUCGGCGUAGAGAUCCUGCUUCCAUCACGGCCGCCGGUGCGAAAAGUGACCGACCUGCUGCAGUGGGAUGCCGAUGCGACCUUCCUUGAUAUGCUGAGCAAAUUGAAGAUGAGCGAGGACAAACCGAGUGACGGGUCAGGAUCUGAUCACAUUCGUGUGGAGCUCGACGCAUCCUCAUCCGACGAGGACGGCUUGCACGUCGUGUGCAAAGUCGCCGUGAAGGUGAGCCGCUCGAUUUCGUCUGACAAGGACGAGAGGGAAGAAAGCGCGAGGUUCCCUCCACUGGCCCAUGGCAGCCAUGCCGGAGGGCCAAUGCGGGCGCAUGCCUGGCCGUUUCAAUGGUUUGGUACGUGUACGUGUAUCGUUGUAGGCACACAUAGAGUGGAUGUCUUUGUGUGUGUAUGGCUGUUCGUUCCCUCAGAUGUCUGUAUUGGGGCCAAGCUGCGUCAGACAGUCCUCUCUCUUGACGCCAGGUUCAUCCGAUACACUGCUGCGGACAACCACACUCCCUCCAUCAGCGACAAUGCACCGAGCGGGGACACAUCCCGCACAAUGAUGGAGGACGUGCAGCUGCAUCACCCCGAGCUCUCCGACAUCAAUGAAGAGGCGGUCCACAAGCACUCUUACGGCCGCCACACCCACACCAUGGGCUCCAUGGCAACAAUGGCCUCUCUCCCCGAGAUAUAUGGCGCCGCCUCGCCCUCCCCCUACCAGCAGGCCGCCUACACCAGCAUGGCCUUCGGCAGCGGAAGCACCCUCUCCAUCGGCACCAUGACGCCCCCCGUCGGCUACCACGGCAUGACGCUGCAGCCGAUGCCCACACACAAGCUCUCUAGCGAGAAGCGUCGGCUCACCUUCAACAUAGAGGAGUCGAGCGGCGAUGAGGGCUCUAGCGAUGAGGGCAACCACCCGGCAGGUCAGAGGGCCGAGAAAGGGGACACGAGCGGCCCUGCCACAGACCAGGAUAAUGAAAAGAAGACGAAAAGUCCUUCGCGUCUCUUCUCCGACCUGCGGCUGAGAUACAGUCAGUCUGGCGGGCGGCUCACCACUGCGUUGGCGGCUGAUGACGAUGAGAGGAAGCGUGCGCUGCCCCCGCUGAUUCUGGUGCCGGAGAAGCGCAUGCCGUGGGACAUCUGCUGCCUCCUUGUGAUUUUCUACCAGACUAUAUUCAUUCCAUUCGGUGAGGAAUGCGUCUCCGUGUCUGUCUGUAUAAAUGUCUCACGUCCUGUGGAUGCAUCUCCAUCCCCUCUGCCCUCUGUUUGUCAGAUUUGGCGUUCGGCAUUGACGGCACCCGAUACGCUUACGUGUUUCUUAUAUUGCACCACUGUUUUGACGUCUUGUGGGUUGUGGACAUCUGCCUCAACUUCGUAACAGGUGCUGUAGAGAGACACUCCCUUCCUCCCUACUGACGUCAUCCCUCCCUCCAUGUCUCCCUUCCCCCUUGGUACAGCGUAUUACAACUAUGAGCAGGCGUUGGUCAUCGACCCGCGCCAGAUCGCCAGGCAUUAUCUCAAAACCUGGUUCAUCAUCGGUCAGUCACCAUUCCGGCCAACAUACCGGUCAGAAAGGGAAACCAGUCUUUGCUCUUAUUCUUGGUUGCUUGUCAGAUCUGGUGGCGACCAUUCCCUGGGAGCUGCUCUCCCACAGUGAGGCGGCCGCCUCCCCCAAGCUGCUGAGGCUGAUGCGGCUGUUAAGUUCUCUCGCUUGCUGCGGAUCCUGAAGUUCCGAAACAUCGUCAACCGCCUGCAGGAUUUCCUCUUUGAUACCACCUUCGUCGACUUCAAAGUCAGCCGUCCAACAUUCCACCCACCUGUUGUACGUACGCAUGUGCCUCCUUCUAUUCUGCCAUCAGUUUUUCCCUCUGGUGGUGGAGAGUUUCGAGAUAGCCUUCUUGAUGAUAGUGGUAGCCCACUGGAACGCCUGCAUCUUCUAUAUGGUCAGCACACGUGUGUCCACUGGACACGAACGCGCUUUAUAGUCGCACGUGGGUGGGUGCCCUGUGUGUGCACAGGUAGGCACGCAGCGUGCGGUGACGGCAGCCGACCUGGGCCGCGAACUGCAAGACGGGACCCUCGGCUCUGGAGACCUCACCUGGGUCGAGUACUAUGAACUCGACGCGGCAAACCUCUUCAGCCAGUAGGCGAGUCCUGCCUACUCAUUUUCGUUUAUACCUCGCUCUCUCCUUUGGAUCGCCAGGUACGUUGCAGCGCUUUACUGGUCGCUUACGACGCUCUCGACGGUCGGUUAUGGCGACUUUGUGCCGCAGACGCGCAACGAACGGCUGUGAGUGAUUGUGACGGUGCUGCUGGCGUCGGUGGUGUUCGCCUACCUGGUGUCAUCCAUCGCCUCAGUGGCCUCCAAAUUUGGAGAGGAAAGGGCUCAGUACAGCAAGCAGGUCGAUCUUAUCACCAGGUCAGUCCGUCGGGCAAAAAUGAGUGCGUGAGUGUGACUGGCUACUCUGCUUUGCGAUGAAGGUAUCUGCGUCUCCGCCGCGUGCCUUAUGAGCUCCAGUCGCGCAUCAAGCGAUUUCUGGCCUACAAGUUCGAGAGCGAACAGACAACACAGAUGGAGGGGGCGCUGUCAUGCCUGCUGACGGACUCACUCAAGAACGAAGUGGUGACGCCAAGUGAUCCGCAGCACGAUCCCAUGAGGCACCCUGUGAUUGCAUCUGUGUCUGCAGGCGUAUGAUGUAUACCACACUACUCUGCGCGCCUUUCCUUUAUUCGAGAGUGUGAAGCGACAGGUCAUGACGCAGCUGUGCCGCAUCUGCAAGUGCCGCAUCAUGGCGCGGGGUGACGUGCUUCUCAACGAGGGCGUCAUCAGUCGGUCGAUGUUCUUCCUCACAAAGGGCCGCAUGAUCGCCACCAGCCGCAACAACGCGCAAGAGGGGGAAGAUGGCGAGUACGACUGUGACGAUGCGCUGUGCUCGCCAUCGUUCUUCGGCGCCAAGAGCCUCUUUGAAGAUCAUGUACGUACGGAUGCGUGUGGCCCGGUGUGGGUCGGCAGGCACGGCAUUGUGUGCGAUUGAUUGAUGGGUCCAUUAUGGACAGGUGAUGCGGGUGACGCUCAAGUGCGCGACCUUCUGUGACCUGGUUGAGAUCGAGCGCGGCGACCUGCUGUCUGUCGUCAUGAUGUUCCCAAAGUUGCAGAGGAAAUACGUCACAAUCGCCGAACAGGUAUAUAUAGGUUGACUGACUCACAAGCUCCAUCGUGUCUCUCUCUCCUCCUUCCUCUUUCAGGUGCGGGUAGGCGAUUACCGUUCCCUAGAAGUCCGAUGUUCUUACUGCGGGCCAGCGCGACAUCGGACGGAGGACUGCCCAUACCGAGUGAGCUCUUUCCUGCCCCACAACCACUGCAAGACCAAGAGAAGCCUCUUCAGCGUCCAUCGAUCGUGUAUGAGGCGGUGCUGCCCGUGUCUGUGGGGAAACAAGAGCAGCAGAAAGAAGACGCGAGAGUUCCCCGUCUCUUUUUCAACCGAGGGGCUCGACCAGAUGGAACACGAAGCUUGCGACAAGGACGCGCCGAUGGAGCAGCAGAGCAACGAGGACAGCACCACGGCUAAUCCGACACCAAUCAACCACAGUCCGCCCUCACGUUUCAGCAUGUCCGGCCAGGGCGGCUCCUCGGCCGUCAUGUGCAGGAUCGACGAGAAUGAAGUUUCCCUCGACACCAUUUCAGAGAAGGGGUCGCCACUGACAUCACGCCCAGCAACCUUCGCGAGACGGAAGAGUGCGUCCUCGUCUGACCUGCUCGCCGACAAGUCCCAUCGGAGCAAGGCAAGGACGCGCCAUGGCGAGAGGAAAGGAAGAGAGAAGGAGUAUCGCAUGGACAAGGAAGAGGGAGAGGUCAGCGGGUCGAUCGAUGACCUCAGAAACAACCGGCAAACCGUCACAGGUAUAUAUCUUUUACCGCAUAUGAUGAAUUGAAGAUAGGGAAAGCCCUUGAAGGAUCCAGCUCUUUCUUCUCUGCUCAGAACCGUCUCAUGGCGAGGCUCGGCCCCGAUCCAAAGGCCAAUCUGGCUCCUUCCUGUUCCGCACCUCCAACAGCGGAGUGUCCCAGCGAUCGCGGGCAUCGAAAGACUCCAGGCGGGCACCCAGCACAGCCAGCACCGGCCACUGGUCCCCAGCACGCGUCAAGGCCAAGCUGCAGCUGAUGAGACGUCCCUUCGACGGACGGGCGAGGAGAGCGAGCUAUCCCCGGACGUCCGAUGGGCCGCCCUCGCCGAUGGUAGUCCGGCGUCAUCAAGUGCGGAGGUCCCAAUCGCUGUACGAGCCGUGUGAGCCGAGUGAAAUGGCUGUACAAGCCGCGAUGAUGGCCGCCAGUUCACUCACACAGGUAAAUGUACAUGUCUCUCUUUCUCCCUCUCCAUGCACACAUGCAGCCACCAUGGACAAUGUAACUGAGCUCGUGCCUGGCUCCUUGUCUGUCUGCGCAGAUGCCAUCAGGGAUAUGCAGCAACGUGCCGAUGGGAAGCUGUUUCCCCAUGUCGGCCUCUCCUAUCCCGGGGUUCUUUCCCCAUGCCGGCCAGUACCCAUACCCCGCCCUCACACACGCAUCCCUCCCCUACCAGCAUUACCGGCGGGCGUCGGUCGCCUCCCCCUCCCCAUCUGGUGUCUCUCGCCACAUGAUGCCUGUCUUAGCCCACACACCCCUACAGCCAUUCAUGGUGCCGCCACAGCAUGGUGUCUUGCACGGCGGGCUGACGCCACAAGACACCAUCGAGAGUGUGGAAAGGUUCCAGAGCGAUAAUGAGAUGAUCGAGUCGGAACCAAGUUUGCAGCAGCGGAACGGCCAGCAGGGGGAUGAUCAUGGUGGGCGCAGGGGUGUGCAUCGAGCGGCGUCGACGACAGAGCUGGACAAGCGGAGGCCAUCUGAUCGGGAGGCACAGUGACUGAGGGAGAGAGACACACGCGUUUUUUGCCAGCGUCAUGUUUCGGUGUCUUUGUGGAAGAGGUUCAAGGUGUUCU